AUGGCAGCCGCAGGAGCAGGGCAAUUCCAGAUAGGCACUUUUGCCGUGGUGGAAAGGCCUCCUCAUCACGACGAAGUGUUUGUGGUGGGGCAUGGACCCGGCCAAGGAGAGAUUCUUACCCGCACCACCUCCGAGGAUGGAGGAGAAUGGAUCUGGGCUGUGGUGCUUCCAGUAGCAGGCCACAUGAGUGCUUCCGUCAUGGUGGGAGCUGCAAGCCGACGUCCUCCGCAUGGAGUUGGGGCGGAUGCAGUGAACUGGGUCUGCACUCCUCCAAAUGCAGGGGCAAAGUGGUUUCCAACAGCAGCAGAGUCACAACAGGUUAUCAGGGAUGGCACAGUCCUUUUGCAACAGCUGCAGAUAGCGGGCGCAGGAAGUUAUCCGGUGAAUGCAGCUGGCACAGCCGGUCGGCUGGAGCCGGUGGCGAUGCCGGUGGCCCCAGCAAAUGUCGGGGCGCCAGGCGCGGGGGCGGCAGGUGGCGCGGCCGGGGUGGCCGGGCUGGGGCUUCAGGGGCAAGGCGCCGCUGGUGGAGACGCCACAAGCCAGCUGGACCUACGCAGCUUGGAGGCGGCAGUGAAGCAGUUACAGGAUCGCAAGAAAGGCAAGAAAUCCAAGAAGAAGAAGAAAAGCCACAAGAAGGACAAGAAGAAGAAGAAGCGACGCGGGUCCAGCAGCAGUUCUUCCAGCAGCCGGUCGCGGAGUCGCAGUUCAAGCAGCUCAAGCAGCAGCAGCGACAGUUCCAGCGGAAAGCCUUUGCGGUGGAAAGACAAGGGGAAGAGCAGGCGUGUGAGCUACGACGACUUGUCCCACGUCGACGGCUUGAAGUGGAAGAAGAAAGGGGAUCUGGUGGCAUUUGCUUCGAAGCAUCCAGGUGCGCUGACGGCCCACUUCCUGGCAGGGGUGUACGCCAGGCUGUCAAAGGGCACGUUGAGCAAGUCAAGCCAGCUCAGGGAGGCCUCGGUGGCGGCUUGGGCACACCAGUUCACAGGGCUCACGGAGAUCCGAGACUUGAAGGAGGUGCUCACGUUGGCGGAGAUCUUGGACUCUGUGAAUCGCCGGGAGAUCGAGAGGGCCAUGGACAUCUUGUGCCAAAGGAUUCUUGCUAUCCAGGUAGCGAAGAUGAAAGGGGGCAGCUGGGAGAAAGCGGAGGCCGUAGCUGGUUUGGCGAAGGCUUUGGGCAGAGGGUACAGGUCAUGCUCCUUGGGUGUUCAUGUACGUCGCCUGCGACAAGUUCUUCAUGAAUUCAAGCGAGACCGGGGGAUAAGCGUGAGGCACUCUCCUGGGCAUGUUUUUCCUUUGCCACCCUUUAGUUUGGGCGGUGCAGUGGUGACUGAUGGUUCUGCUCAUUCUCCGGAGGUUUGUACAGGUCUGGUUGAAGGAGCCAAUCUCGUCAUUGCGGUCCUUAAUGAUUUGCAUCGGGGGCAAGAUGGUGGCGGUGCUCAGCCUCUGCUGUCUGCAGCCCAUCGGCGGGUACAUGCUCGGAUAGCGUGUGCCUUGGAGGCAAUGGUGUUGACUGAUGAGCCUCUUUUGUCGAGCGAAGGGCUAGACAACUAUUUGAAGCAGUCUGAACAUUACUCUGGUAGCGGGGUGGUGUUAGCUCUGGGUGUGAAAGGGGGUGUUCCCACCAAAGCUGCUGAUGUCCCUCUUGAGCAGCAUCUGCAGAGCACUUUCCCAGAGAUGGCGGAGCAGGUAAUUCGUCCGAAUGCCCUGCUGCUGUCAUCCAGGCGGAGGCCACGCCAGGUGAAGAGAGGGUAUACUUGGCUGGCUCGUUCAUACCCCGAGUUAGUGAAACGCAAUGUGAAGGCGGGCCUGCACUGCCUCAAGAAGCCUGGUCAAGUGGCCAAGCACCGAGGCGCGAUGUGUCUGGCAGGUGCUUUCGCUGUUAAGAAAGACGAGUGUGAGGACAGAGUGAUCACAGAUCCAAGUGUUAACCAGCUUCUAGAUCCCGAGAAACUUCCUCGGCCCCGAUUUGCGUUCAUCCCGAAGAUGCGGUGCCAGACAGUUCCGUGCAGUGGGGUGGUUGCGGUAUCCAAGCGUGACGCCCGUCACUACUUCCACCGCCUGCGAAUUGGCAGGCGCUGGCGACGCUGGCUGCGCGGUCCUCCAGUGCUUGCUGGACGUGGCGCAGGCCCGGCUCAGCGGCGCUAUCCGGCAUCAUGCUCAGCGCCCAUGGGGUUUGGACCAUCGGCAGGCUGGGCGCAAGGCUUGACGGACACUGUGACCAUGAGGGCAGGGCUGGCGCCUGAGCACAGGCUUCACCCUGACCUUGUGGUUCCAGAGAGUCUGCCUUUGUGGGGGUCAAUUGUGGAUGACGUUUGGGCCAUUGAGCAUGCCCCAAACCAGCUUGAGGCUGGCGUCGGUGCUGCCUGGAUGGACGCCACCGAGUCCUCUUGGGUGCGGCACGGCGUGGAACCCAAUGCUAAGAAAUCAGUGGACUCAGCUUUGGGUGAGGAGGUGCAGGGCUACUACGUUGAUCCGUAUGGCCACUGGGUUGGGGUUAGCCUGGAAAAGCGCAGACACCUCUUCCAAGCCACGAUCCAUGUACUGCGUGCUCGUAGAGUUCCUGUUGGAGUCAUUGACCGACUGGUAGGCAAACAUGGGUUUGUGCAUUCGGCUCGGCCAUGCCUCAGGUCCAUCUUCGAGCACACCUAUGGCUGGCUGACUUCUGUGCGGGGGCGAAGGCGCGAUCUCGUGUCAAUCCCUAAUGUGGUCUGGGUGGAACUGGCUAUGUCUUGUCUUCUUCUACCCUUUUGCUCUUUCAACUUGUCAGCUCCGUGGAGUACAAGAAUUGAAUGCACAGAUUCUUCUAUGACAGGGCUUGGACGGGCAUGGGGGAUAGCGCCUAAACAUGUGGUACAGUUGCUGGCGAGAUACAGUGAUCAUGGGCAAGUAUACACCAACCUCAAGUUGCCGUGGAGCAUUGGUUUAACAACAGAACACAAGUGUCCACUCAGACGAGUUCGCAUACCUAUUGAGCGUAUCAAGUGGCACACGGCCGGGGCACCAUGGAACCCGGCCCACAUCACUUUGGGUGAGGCCGAUGCAGUGACCUGGGCGGCAGAGGACCGUCUUCGAAGGCCAGUUGACGAGGGAUGCCGCUUUGUGCACCCGCUUGAUUCGGCUGCGUGCGCAGGGUGUCUAAGCAAGGGUCGUUCCAGUUCCUUUCAGCUGAACAGUCGUUGUCGUAGAGUCUGCGCCAUCAACAUUGCUGGAGGACAUGAGGUAUUUUAUCCCUGGAUGCCCUCCAAAGAAAACCCUGCAGAUGAACCCUCAAGACGUUGGGAGCCAGAUGCAAACAAGUCUGGUGGUCAGGAGUGGUUUUCGCUGGAGCCCAGGCCUUUGAGUGAGGUGGAUGUGUCACAGAUCCAGCUCUGGCCACGGGAUGUUUACUUCUUCCUUCACUUGUGUUCAGGGCCUAGAAGGGACGGUGACCUGUGUGAUUGUGUUGAAAAACUUGGCGCACUCCAUGAAAUCAAUAUAGUCGCUCUUCGCAUUGAUCCGUUGGCGGCAGUUGGCCAUGAGGGGAUCUGGGUCCAAAAGACCGCAUAUGGAGAUUUGCUACAGGCGCAACACGGACUUUUUCUUCUGGGCCUCAUCCAAAGUGGAAAAGUGUUGGGCGGUUUUGCCUCGCCUCCUUGCAGCACGGUUUCGCGAGCCCGUCAUGCCAAGUUGAUGCCACACAUAUGGGGCCCACGACCGUUGAGGUCUCGCGAUGCAGUCUGGGAGCCACUAGCGCAUUGCACUGUGAGAGAGCAGCGCGCAGUGUAUGUGGGAUCCGUGCUUUUCCUCCUUAGCGGAGGUUGGAGUGGGCUCGAACAUCCUGCCGAUCCCGGGCCUCCCUAUCCAUCGUUCUUUUGCUCAGAGGAGGUUGCCCGUUUCUGCAAGACCUUCAAGAUGCAGUAUCGCGAGGACGUUUUCGCACAGGUCCCGCUGCCAAAUAUCCUGGUCAGUUUUGUGAAGCGCUGGCUACAAACUUUGUGGCACGUGAUCCAUGGGUCAACCUGCAUCAUGUUCAGUGGGACUGGCCCCAACCGCGUGCAGCGUUUCUUGCUGAAAACCUUGAAGCCCUCCACGCGCGAGAAGUACCUGGAGGCCCUCGAGCACCUCAGCAAUGAUCUAAGAUCUGCGGGUCUUCGAUGGCACAGCAUGACUGAGGCUGAGCAGGAUGGUUUUCUAGCUGAGUGGCUUUUGGAUGGGUAUGAAGCUGCAAAGGGGCGUGCUGAAUACGGAUGGGCACUUUCGGCAGUGCAAAAAGUUAACCCUAGAGGUUCGUACCGUACUGCUUGGAAGCUUUUUGAUGCGUGGGGCGUUGAGCAGCCGCCGAAACAGGCAGCAGCAGCUCCCCCGGAGCUUAUCACGUCCAUCAUUGUGGCAGCUCUUCUGCUAAACCGUCCUCAAAACAGUACUGUCAUGCUCCUUUGCUACGCAGGGCUUCUGAGGGUGCGUGAGAGCUUGCAGCUCCUGCACGGCGACGUGGUAGUCAGCUGGGAUAGUGUGACUUUGUGCCUUGGGCGGACCAAACGAGGCAUGGAGCAGAAAGUCGUUCUGCGUAAUCCAGGGGUGGUCUCCUGGCUUCACCAAUUUCUCAGGCGCUUUCCCGCAGUUGAUCCCAGUCAGCCAGUUUUCACUGUGUCGUAUUCCUCCGUGCUUCGAUGGGUUAAGAAGCUCUCUGGUCUUAUUGGUGGGCCUGAUGUGCUUCUGACCACUCACAGUUUCAGGCGCUCAGGCGCAUCUGAGCUAGCUCGCCAGGGCAUCCCCUUGGCCGACAUUUUGUUGUUUGGGAGAUGGCUCAGGGAGCGUUCAGCGCGUGAGUAUAUUCGCAGAGGUGAGGUAGCCGUUCUUCGUGCCAAAAACAGCUUUGAUGUCAGGCAGCAAGCGCGCUUGCAGCGCUGGAGUGCAAUAGGCCAUCAGGCUUGGGCCUUCCAUGAUGCCCUCUAUCUUCACUCGGAUGCACUACCGCGAAUUUCUCGCUUGAAUCAGGCAAGAUUUGACCUCUUUGAGCAGCAUGUGAUGAAUUUACGGGGUUGA